AUGAAGAUCAGACAGCGCACCAUCUGUCACACAUGUAGAGCACGCAAGCUUGGUUGCGAUGGACGGUCUCCAUCCUGCUCGCAGUGUCUCAAGAGCAGCCUCGCGUGCGGCGGCUAUCACUACGACCUGAUAUUCGCGGAGCCGCUGACCCCGGGCCCAAGGGCGGCGGGCGGGAGGAGACGAGCCGCGCUGCCCAAAGACGCCGCCGUCGCCGCCGCGAAGCCCGGGCUGCCGCCGCCGGGGAUUCGCCAGCCGCUCUCGUGGCCGCUGAACGACAUCCUGUCCGUGGUCGUGCAGAACUUCAUCCCCAUCCGCGACGAAGCGGGCGUGGACAGCAAGGCACUCACGGCGCCAUCCCGAGUGUGCGGGUCGUGGAUCGAGGUGGUGCCGGACCUCAAGACGUCGGGGCCAAACGGCCACGCGCUGACGUCGUCCAUCAAGGCCUUCGCGUUUGCCAUCACAUGCUGCACCCGCCGCGUCGGGGCCAGCGUCGUGGACGCCCUGGCGGCGCACGGGACGGCCCUGAGCUCGCUGCACCACGCGCUGAUCCGGGGCCGCAACGAAGGCCCCGACGAGCUCUCGGCCGCCAUCAUGUUUCUGUUCCUGUCCGAGAUCCUCAUGUCGGCCAACACGAGUCCGGGCAUCCACAUCGGCGGGCUCUCGCGGCUGAUGCUGUCGCGAGGUCCGGCCUACUACGCCCACGGGACACCACACAGAAUCUUCAUCGGGUGUCGCCCCUCACUGGUCAUCCACUGCAUAUGCGACCGCCGGGCGUGUUUUCUCGAGGCACCGGAGUGGUGCACGAUCCCCUUCCACGCGUCGCCCGCGGAGCCGCUCCAGGAGCUCAUCUCCAUCGGGGCCUGCAUACCGUCGCUGCUCCAGGCCAUGGACAUGGACGUGGACGCGCCCGCCUGCCUGGACAAGCUGCUCGACACCAUGAGGCGCCUCGACGGCUGGCGCCGCUCGUACUCGGCAAAGCUGGGCGCCGCGUACGGCGCUGACGUCGCGGCGUCGGCGGCGACCACGGCCGACGACAUCUGGUACCCAGACAUCACCGUCGCCAACAGCCUGACGCACUACUGGGCGUUUUGGAUCAUAUGCGCCACGUACGCCGUGCAGCUGCAGCCGCGGCCGGCGUCCCGGGAGGCCAUCCGGUCCAAGGCGGUCCUCAUCAUGAAGAGCGUCGCCUACCUCACCCGGGAGGACAUGAAGCUGUUUGGGGCGACGUCGCUGGGCCUCCCGCUCCGGGUCGCGUACGAGUAUUUUGAGCAGCAGGUCGGCGAUACCGAGUCCGCAGCCCUGUCCGACAGGGUCAUGAGCAACAUCCACGACAAGGGCUACUCGUACCUCCGCGUCUUCAUCGAGUCCGACGCCAAGAUCCUGCGUCCCCUGUCGGCCGCGAGACGCGAGCGCGCCAGCCAGCGAGGCACGGUCGUGGGCAGGCCGACGGCGCCGCGGCUCGCCGUCUAA